AAACCAAUUUCACUACAAAUAGAAGUUAGCUUAUGAAAUCCAUAGCGAUCAUCAAAACACCAAUUGUUUCAAAACAUGAGAGCUCCCAAAACUUACGCCGCACACUUGGUCGUGUUAGUAAUGUUAGCCAUGAACGAAGCUUGUUUCGGAAUUGAAGUCGGAGAAAGAUACAAUGUGUACAUUAUCAACAACUUGAAUCAUAAUGUCCUAAAAAUUCAUUGCAAAUCGAAAGAUGAUGAUCUGGGCGAGCAUGUGCUGCGAAUAAAGGGGCAAUUUCACUUCACAUUCAAAGCAAAUUUUUGGGGAACGACGUUGUUUUGGUGUAAUUUGAAGUGGGGGAAGAAGCACGGCGGCGGAUAUCGUAUUUUCUGGUACAGAGAUGAUCUUCUUUCAAUGUGCGGAUAUAAAGAAAAGAGGUGUACUUGGUCUGCAAGAAACAGUGGCAUCCUGUUGAGAGAUGUCCGUGACGGUGGUGAGUUCAAGCAUAUGUAUGAUUGGCAAUCGUAAUGGAAUAAAUUGAAAAGAGUCAAAAGUGAAAGUUUUAUAGUACCUGAUGGAAUAAUCUGAUGUUGAUCUUACUGUUUUAUGAGAUUUUGAUUAGUAAAAAGAGAAAUUCUUAGGUAAUUCUUAUAAACGAAUUUACAAGAUUGCCAUCAUUUUAAUGACGUGUCAUUAUAUAAUAGGUUUAGUCCACGGAUGACGUGGUGGACUGAGUCUACCUAAAAAUUUCUAUAGUAAAAAAGUAUAAAGAGGUACUAACUGUAUAGAAUAUUCUGUUUGAGCCUGAACUGCUUGAGCAACAAUAUCUAAUUAUGAGAGAUUGACAUCCUUCAAAAUUCUUGCACUAAAUUCUUAAU